GGUUACAGGGGGUUACAAGGGGUUACAGGGGGUUACAAGGGAUUAAAAGAGGUUACAGGGGGUUACAAAAGGUUACAAGAGGUUACACGAAGUAACAAGGGAUCACAAGAGGUUACAAGGGGUUACCAGGAGUUACAAAGGGUUACAAGGGGUUACAAGAGGUUACAGGGGGUUAAAACGGGUUACAGGAGGUUACAACGGGUUACAAGAGGUUACAGGGGGUUACAAGGGGUUACAUGAAAUAACAAGGGAUUACAAGAGGUUACAGGGGAUUACAAGACGUUACAGGGGGUUACAAGAGGUUACAAGGGGUUACAGAGAAAACAAGGGGUUACAACAGGUUACAGGGGUUACAAGGGGUUACAUAAAGUAACAAAAGAUAACAAGGGGUUACAGGGGGUUACAAGGAGUUACAGGGCGUUACAAGGAGUAAAAGGAGGUUACAAGGGGUUAAGAGAGGUUACAGGGGGUUACAAGAGGUUAUACGAAGUAACGAGGGAUUACAAGGGGUUACAGGAGGUUACAGAAGGUUACAAGGGGUUACAGGAGGUUACAGGGGGUUACAAGAGGUUACAUCAAGUAACAAGGGGUUACAGGGGGUUACAAGGUCUUACAGGAGGUUACAAAAGAUUACAGGGAGUUACAAGGGGUUACAGGAGGUUACAAGGGGUUACAAGAGGUUACGGAGGUUACAAGGGGUUACCAACGGUUACAGUGGGCUACAAGGGGUUACAAGGGGUUACUGGGGGUUACAAGGGGUAACAUUAAGUAACAAGGGAUUACAAAGGGUUACAGGGAGUUACAAUGGGUUACAAGAGGUUACAAGGGGUUACAAGGGGUUACAGGGGGUUACAGGGGGUUACAAGGGGUUACAAGAGGUUACAGGGGUUACAAGGGGUUACAUGAAGUAACAAGGGAUUACAAAGGGUUACAGGGGCUUACAAGGGCUUACGGGAGGUUACAAGAGGUUACAAGGGGUUACUGGAGGUUUAGAUCGGGUUACAAGGGGUUACAGUUGGUUACAAGAGGUUACAAGAGAUUACAAGGGGUUACAAGGGCUUACAAAGGUUACCGGGGGUUACAAGAGGUUACAGGGGGUCACACUGGGUUACAAGAGGUUUUAGCGGGUUACAAGGGGUUAGAUGAAGUAACAAGGGAUUACAAGGGGUUACAGGGGGUUACAAGGGGUUACAGGAGGUUACAACGGGUUACAAGGGGUUAUAGUGGAUCUAAAGGGUUACAGGGGGUUACAAGAAAUUACAAGGGGUGACAGGGGAUUAAUGGGGAUUAGAUAGGGUUACAAGGGGUUACAGCAGGUUACAAGAGGUUACAAAAGGUUACAGGGGGUUACAAGGGGUUACAAGAGGUUACAAGGGGUUACAAAGGCUUACAUGAAGUAACAAGGGUUUACAAGGGGUUAAAGUGGGUUACAAAGGGUUACGGGGAGUUACAAGUGGUUACAGGGGGUUAUCGUGCAUCUAAGGGGUUACAGAGGGAUACAAGAGGUUACAAGGGGCGACAGGGGAUUACGGGCGAUCAGAGGGGGUUACAAGGGGUUACAGCAGGUUACAAGGGGUUACGAGAGGUUACAGGGGGUUACAAGGGGUUACAAGAGGUUACAGGGGGUUACAAGAGGUUACAAAAGGUUACAAGGGGUUACAGGGGGUUACAAAGGGUUACAGGAAGUUGCAGGGGUUGCAAGGGGUUACAUGAAGUAACAAGGGAUUAAAAGGGGUUACAUGGGGUUACAAGGGGUAACAGUAGGUUACAAGAGGUUACAAGAGGUUACAGGGGGUUACAAAGGGUUACAGAAGGUCAAAAGGGGUUAAAGGAGGUUACAGGGAAUUACAAGAGGUUACAGGGCGUUGUAACGGGUUCCAGGAGGUUACACGGGGUUAUAACGGGUUACAGGAGGUUACAACGAGUUGCAAAAGGUUACAGAGGGUUACAAUGGGUUACAUGAAAUAACAAGGGAUUACAAGAGGUUACAGGGGGUUACAAGGGGUUACAAGAGGUUACAGGGGGUUACAAGAGGUUACAAGGGGUUACAGAGAAAACAAGGGGUUACAACAGGUUACAGGGGUUACAAGGGGUCACAUGAAGUAACAAAAGAUAACAAGGGGUUACGAAGAGAAACAAGGGGUUACAAGGAGUUACAGGGCGUUACAAGGAGUAAAAGGAGGUUACAAGAGGUUACAAGAGGUUAUAUUGUUUACUUUCUUUUUGGUGUCACCAUCGUUGCGUAAUGUUACGUAAUCUGUCAAGUUUUUUGGUAUAAACUUAGUCUUGUCGGUCAGUGUUUUUUACAAUUUUUAUCGGUCAAGAACAGCUCAUCCCUUUUAACGUUAAGUCAAGAAACCGUUAAGGUAAAUUUUAGUCAUACGCCAUUUGUACGCUUUUCCGUUUUCUUUGAUGUAUUUGUUAUUUUGUACUGAUUUCUACAUUUUUCGUAAUUUCGUAUUCUUUGUAUUUUUGGUUGUACAGUACCGUAGGAGGGUGAUUUAUAAAAUAAAGCGGUUGGACACUAAUACGCGUGACUUCGGUUACAAGGGGGUUACAAGAGGUUACAAGGCGUUACAAGGGGUUACAGGAGGUUACAAGGGGUCACAACAGGUUACAGGGGGUUACAAGGGGUUACAAGAGGUUAAAAAGGGUUACAGGGGGUUACAAGGUUACAACGGGUUACAAGAGGUUACAGGGGGUUACAAGGGGUUACAUGAAAUAACAAGGGAUUACAAGAGGUUACAGGGGGUUUCUAGGGGUCACAAGAGUUUACAGGGGGUUACAAGAGGUUACAAGGGGUUAAAGAGAAAACAAGGGGUUACAUAAAGUAAAAAAGAAUAACAAGGGAUUACGAGGAAAAACAAGGGGUUACAGGGGAUACAAGAAGUUACAGGACGUUACAAGGAGUAAAAAGAGGUUACAAGGGGUUAACAGAGGUUAGAGGCGGUUACAAGCGGUUAUACGAAAUAACGAGGGAUUACAAGGGGUUACAAGGGGUUAUAGGAGGUUACAACGGGUUAAAGGAGGUUAUAGUGGAUCUAAGAGGUUACAAGGGGUGACAGGGGAUUACUGGGGGUUAGAGGGGGUUACAAGGCCUAACAACGGGUGACAAGAGGUUACGAGAGGUUUCAAGGGGUUACAAGAGGUUACAGGGAGUUACAAGGGGUUACAGAAGGUUACAAGGGGUUACAGGGGGUUACAAGGGGUUACAAGAGGUUAGAGAAGGUUACAAGGGGUAACAGAAGGUUACAAGGAGUUACAGGAGGUUACAGGGGGUUACAGGAGGUUACAGGGGAUUACAAGGGGUUAAAGAGGGUUACAAGGAGUUACAAGAGGUUACAGGGGGUUACAAGAGGUUACAAGGGGUUACAGGGGGUUACAAGGGAUUACAAGGGGUUACAUUAGGUAAAAAAGGAUUACAAGGGGUUAUGGUGGGUUACAAAAAGUUACGGGGAGUUACAAGGGGUUACAGAAGGUUACAAGAGGAUACAGUGGGUUAUAGUGCAUCUAAGGGGUUACAGAGGGUUACAAGAGGUUACACGGGGUGACAGGGGAUUACUGGCAAUCAGAGGGGGGGUUACAAGGGGUUAUAUAUACAAAAGGUUACGAGAGGAUACAGGGAGUUACAAGGGGUUACAAGAGGUUACUGGGGGUUACAAAAGGUUACAAGAGGUUAGAAGGGGUUACAGGGGGUUACAAGGGGUUACAAGAAGUUGGAGGGGUUACAAAGGGUUACAUGAAGUAACAUGGGAUUAAAAGGGGUGACAGGGGGUUACAAGGGGUAAGAGGAGGUUACAAAGGGUUACAAAAGGUUACAGAAAGGUUACAAGGGGUUACAGAAGGUCGAAAAGGGUUAAAGGUGGCAACAAGGGGUCACAAGAGGGUACAGGGCGUUACAAGGGGUUAAAAUAGGUUAGAGGGAGUUACAAGGGGUUACAAGAGGUUACAGGGGGUUACAAGGGGUUACAGAAGGUUACAAGGGGUUACAGGAGGUUAUAGAGGGUUCAAGAGGUUACAGGGGAUUACAAAAGGGUUACACGAAGUAACGAGAUAUUACAAGGGGUUACAGGGGGUUACGAGGGGUUACAGGAGGUUACAACGAGUAACAAGGGGUUAUAGUGAAUCUAAAGGGUUACAGAGGGUUACAAGAAAUUACAAUGGGUGACAGGGGAUUACUGGCGAUUAGAUAGGGUUACAAGAGGUUACAGCAGGUUACAAGGGGUUACGAGAGGUUACAGGGGGUUACAGGGGGUUACAAGAGGUUACCGGGGGUUACAGGGGGUUACAAGAGGUUCCAGGGGAUUACAAGAGGUUACAAGGGGUUACAGGGGGUUACAAGGGGUUACAAAGGGUUACCUGCAGUAAGUUGUUACUGGGGGUUACAAGGGGUUACGAGAGGUUACAGGGGGUUACAAGAGGCUACAAGAGGUUACAGGGGGUUACAAGAGGUUACAAGGGGUUUAAAGGGUAUUACCAGGGGUGAAAGAGGUUAAACGGGGUUCCAAGAGGUUACAGAAGGUUACAAGGGGUUACAGGAGGUUACAGGGGGUUAAAAAUGGUUAUAUCAAGUAACAAGGGAUUACAAGGGGUUACAGGGAGUUACAAGGGGUUACAGUAGGUUACAAGGGGUUACAGGGGGUUACAAGGGGUUACAAGAGGUUACAGAAGAUUACAAGGGGUAACAGAAGGUUACAAGGAGUUACAUGAGGUUACAGGGGGUUACAGGAGGUUACAGGGGAUUACAAGGGGUUAAAGAGGGUUACAAGGGGUUACAAGAGGUUACAGGGGGCUACAAGAGGUGACAAGGGGUUACAGGGGGUUACAAAGGAUUACAAGGGGUUACAUUAGGUAAAAAAGGAUUACAAGGGGUUCAGUGGUGGGUUACAAAAAGUUACGGGGAGUUACAAGGGGUUACAGAAGGUUACAAGAGGUUACAGGGGGUUAUAGUGCAUCUAAGGGGUUACAGAGGGUUACAAGAGGUUACAAGAGGUGACACGGGAUUACUGGCAAUCAGUGGGGGGGGNACGAGAUAUUACAAGGGGUUACAGGGGGUUACGAGGGGUUACAGGAGGUUACAACGAGUAACAAGGGGUUAUAGUGAAUCUAAAGGGUUACAGAGGGUUACAAGAAAUUACAAUGGGUGACAGGGGAUUACUGGCGAUUAGAUAGGGUUACAAGAGGUUACAGCAGGUUACAAGGGGUUACGAGAGGUUACAGGGGGUUACAGGGGGUUACAAGAGGUUACCGGGGGUUACAGGGGGUUACAAGAGGUUCCAGGGGAUUACAAGAGGUUACAAGGGGUUACCGGGGGUUACAAGGGGUUACAAAGGGUUACCUGCAGUAAGUUGUUACUGGGGGUUACAAGGGGUUACGAGAGGUUACAGGGGGUUACAAGAGGCUACAAGAGGUUACAGGGGGUUACAAGAGGUUACAAGGGGUUUAAAGGGUAUUACCAGGGGUGAAAGAGGUUAAACGGGGUUCCAAGAGGUUACAGAAGGUUACAAGGGGUUACAGGAGGUUACAGGGGGUUAAAAAUGGUUAUAUCAAGUAACAAGGGAUUACAAGGGGUUACAGGGAGUUACAAGGGGUUACAGUAGGUUACAAGGGGUUACAGGGGGUUACAAGGGGUUACAAGAGGUUACAGAAGAUUACAAGGGGUAACAGAAGGUUACAAGGAGUUACAUGAGGUUACAGGGGGUUACAGGAGGUUACAGGGGAUUACAAGGGGUUAAAGAGGGUUACAAGGGGUUACAAGAGGUUACAGGGGGCUACAAGAGGUGACAAGGGGUUACAGGGGGUUACAAAGGAUUACAAGGGGUUACAUUAGGUAAAAAAGGAUUACAAGGGGUUCAGUGGUGGGUUACAAAAAGUUACGGGGAGUUACAAGGGGUUACAGAAGGUUACAAGAGGUUACAGGGGGUUAUAGUGCAUCUAAGGGGUUACAGAGGGUUACAAGAGGUUACAAGAGGUGACACGGGAUUACUGGCAAUCAGUGGGGGGGGUUAAAAAGGGGUUAUAGCAGGUUAAAAAAGGUUACGAGAGGUUACAGGGCGUUACAAGGGGUUACAAGAGGUUACUGGGGGUUACAAAAGGUUACAAGAGGUUAGAAGGGGUUACAGGGGGUUACAAAGGGUUACAAGAAGUUGCAGGGGUUACAAAGGGUUACAUGAAGUAACAAGGGAUUUAAAGGGUUACAAGGGGUUAAAACGGGUAACACGAGGCUACAAGAGGUUACAACAGGUUACACGGGGUUACAAGAGGUUACCGAAGGUCAAAAGGGGUUAAAGGAGGUUACAGGAGGUUACAAGAGGUUACAGGGCGUUACAAGGGGUUACAGGAGGUUACAAGAGGUUACAACAGGUUCCAGGGGAUUACAAGGGGUUACAGGGGGUUACAAUGGGUUACACGAAUUAACGAGGGAUUACAAGGGGUUACAGAGGGUGACAAGGGGUUACAGGAGGUUACAACGGGUUACAGGGGGUUAUAGUGGAUAUAAAGGGUUACAGAGGGUUAAAAGAAAUUAAAAGGGGUGAUAGGGGAUUACUAAGGAUUAGAUGGGGUUACAAGGGGUUACAGAAGGUUACAAGGGCUUACGAGAGGUUACAGAGGGUUACAACGGGUUACAAGAGGUUACAGAAGGUUACAAGGGGUAACA